AUGGGGGCGUUCCUGUGGCUGGCGUUGCUGAGCGGCGUGUGCAGCGGCUACCGGGACUCCUCGUCGUGGCAGGCGCUGGCGCCCGGCAGUGCCGAGCACAAGAUGGCCAGGGCGUUCGUGGUGCACCUCCCCAUCCACACGACGCAGCUGGAGCCCGUCGAAGAUCAGAGGCAGCCAGCCAGCGUCGCGGCGCCCCCGGGACGUCAGGCCGGCUUCGAGACGCACGGCCAGAACCAGAACCAGAACCAGGUUGGUCGCGAGCAGUUCCAGAUGUCCGAAGCAGAAGAGCUGAAGAAGUUGGUGAUACUUUUUAGGAUUCCCCAGGAGCAGCCGGCCGCGUUUCCCCAACAUUCGCCGCCGCCACCCGAAGUGAAACGACAGCCUGAGUCCGACAAGGCAGACUACGAUGUCCAGGUCGACAACAAGUUGCCCAUAAUCCUGAUAGCGCUCGACAAGCCACUCACCUCCCACGCCAAAGUGCAAUCCGUGUCCGCUUGGAAGGAGCAGUUGCCUAGGCCGGCUUCGUCCAAGGAAGACCGAAGUAGCGGCAACAGCAAGGAGUGGAAGCCCAUCGUCUACCCCAGGAAACAGAGGCAAUAUAGUACGCCCGCACCGCAGCGCCAGUGGUCCCACUGGAACAAGAACCAGGACCGAAGGACGUUGUGGACCAAGGAACAGCGGCAGUCAUCGUGGAAGCCUGCCGCACCUUCUAGCGACAGCGUGCAAACCACCGCACCCGCUAAAGAACAGCACAACGAUGGUGGCUCCAACGAAGCCAAGCUACUGCUGCUCCUCGUUCACGAGAACAGCGCCGCCAGCGGAGACAGAGGCAAGACCUGGGAGUCAGCCACAGCCCAGCAGAACCUGAACGAGCCGACGGCCUCACCUUGGCGGCCAAGCAACAAGCUCUCUCAACCUCGCCAGCCACAGAUCAUGAUAGACGUGAUGCAGAAGAGUUGGCGCCCCGCCGGGCCUUCGCGCGGUUGGGCACAACCACAGCAGAGGAGCUGGCAGCAGCAGCAACAUCAACAGCAGCAGGAAAAUCAUCAGCAGCAGGAAAAUCAGCAGCAACAGGAAAAUCAGCAGCAGCAGCAGCAGCAGCAGCAGCAGUCCUUUAGGCCUCGUCCGGUGGUCUGGCAUUCGGGUGUGCCGAACAGUUCGCCCCGCGGUUCCCAUUACAACACCUACGUGCAAAAAAGGAACUACGACCACUACGGCACCGUUCAACGGUACUGA